UAGACUUUUCCUUGAGUUCAAUGUUAAACUCUGUUUGUUUAUAUUCAAUUCUUGAUCAUAAUUGUUUAAUUUACUGAUUAAUUAGUUGAUUCAUUAGUGAAAUUGGUUACGUAAUUACAUUUUUCGUUUAUUUAUUUACAUUAAUUUUCUAGGGUUCAAGUUUAUUAAUCAAAAUAAUUAUGGAUCAAAAAGAAGAUUCAGAAUUAUGGUCACUUGGUGUUACCAUGUUUACCCCUGCAGGAGAACAAAUUCUUCUUAAUGAAAGAGCUAAUUGUAUUGCUGCUGAAAUUUUCCUUAAGAUGUGUGAUAUUCAUUCAACAACUGAAGAACGAGCCAACACUGAGUAUAUGUCACCAAAUGGUGAUGUACCUUUCAUUAAAUGUGGAAAUGAACUUGUUGCUGGAAUGGAAAAUAUCGUUGAUUUCUUUAAAUCGAAAAAUAUUUCUCUUUCAAGUCAUUUGGAUGAACAGAAACAAAGAGAUUGUAGAGUUUAUAUGAACUAUUUCCAAUUAGAAUUAACUAAUUCAGAGUUAUAUUUUACCUGGUGCCAUGACAAAGUGACCCAAGAGUAUACUUAUCCAAGAUGUACCUCUGUUUAUUCAUGGCCUUUGAAUUCAAUUCUUUAUAUGAUGAAAAAAAGGAAUAUAACUAAAAAAUUGAAGCUACAAAAAAUCACAGACAUUGAGCAGGCAACUAAAUCAGUGGAAAAGGUAUUCACAAAAUUAUCUGAAAUUUUAAUUGGUCCAUAUUUCUUUGGGAAUAAGCCAACUGAACUUGAUGCUCUCAUUUUUGGCCACAUCUCUGCGAUAUUAACAACUGCUCUUCCUGACGAUUCGUUGGCAAUAUUAGUUAGAGAAAAUCAACCUUUAGUUAAUUUGUGUAAUUUAAUUGGUGCAGAAUAUUUUCCAAGUAUUUUAACAACUGAAGACCAAUAAACAUAAUCAUGUAAUUGACCUUUAAGAUUUGUGAUGAUCCAAACUAAUCAAACUUGUAGACAAAAACAAUCAUCUUUGUUUUACUUUUGCCAUAGACAAAAAAAAGCAUAAACAUUCACAAUUCUAAUCAAAUAAAUGUGAUCAUUAUUGUGAAAAUAUCACAACUUCAAGAUGUGAUUUAAUUGUGAUCCUUAAAUCAAGAA